AUGUGGCAUUUUAGCAAACGGCGGGACGCAGCGACUGCAAGAACUUUAAGUGAAGUACAGCGUGAACGAUUCAGACAGUUGCAGAGCUUAAAAGAAUUGACGAGUCGUUUGCCACAAUUGUAUGCCGGCAAUCCGGCUAUCGCCACAGCUGCUGCGGCUGCCAAUGUGCGCAAUUGCAAUUGCUGCCCCUACGGUUACCACAUCGAUUUGGAUUUUGUACGCUACUGCGAAUCGCUAGCGAAUGCUAAGCCAUCGGAGGAGGAGCUGCAGCGUCGCAGUCGCCGGCGCUCGCGCAAAUCAAUGGAAUUCAUGCUGGGUCUGGACGCUAUGUUCGAGCAGUGGGACGCCGCCGCACGGGUGCAGGCAGUGCCAGAGGUGCCACACGAAAAUGACUCACCCGAUUCACCACGCUUGCCACCGCCACCCAUACCGCCCGCCUCCCACACCACCACCGCCUUUUGCACAUCCACGCCGCGUCCACGCUCCUCGUCGGUGCCGCGUUACACCUACGGCAGCAACAGCAGCAGUGUGCCCCGCGCUGAUUCACCCUUCGGCACAGCCUCAUCCACCUGCUCGUCAGUGCGUGGCGCAGAGAGUGAUGCGCCAUAUAGCAUGCUACGUCAGCGCCAACAAGAGCAUCAAUCACGCCGUGAUGCGCCCGAGACGCGCGCGUUUCUGCGCGAAGCGCUCGACGAAGUGUGCAGUGAUUUUGAGCGCACGCUGGAGCGCACAUCGUUGCGACGCAAGAAGGCGGUGAGCUGUAAUGAGCGCGAUGGUGGUUUUAGUGGCGGUGGAGGUGGCAGGCUGAAUGGCCAAUUAUGCGGCUAUGGCGUGGCCAGCGAUCGCAAUAACAAUCAUCAGCCGACAUUCGCCAUGAAGACGGAUCUACCAGCGGCGAAGUUUGGCCAUACGACGAGUUGGAUGCGCGAAGCUUAUGCGCGCAACGGUUACAGCUGUAAUGGCAAGCGCUAUGCUUGGGAGCGUCCCGGCGAACAAUCGAUUGAUUCGUGCGUCGCUGGCAACAAGUCCCCACGCACGGCGCGCUACCUAGCCAAGGCCGCGGCCGCGUUACCCGUUCAUCAGAAGCUCUCGCCCGCCGAGCAGCAGUAUGAGUCAUAUGUUCAGGCCACUGUGGCGGCGAACGCCAAGUCGCCAGUGGAACAGCUAGUGCCACCACCACCGCCGCCACGUCGUCACCCACCGCAACCAAGAAGGCUGCUACUGAGUCCACCAAAUGGUGAAACGGAGUUGAUAGACACAGACGAUGUCGACCGAAAACCAUCGCAGUCGGAGGGUGAGGCGCCAGUGUUUGAUGAAAACGCCGCACCGCAUUUUGCAUCACCGCCAGCAACGAAUGGCGCGGAAACAAGCGCUGCUACUGACGCACAAACACUGUUUAGCAUACGCCAGCAGAUGGCGCUGAGCUUGAAGCGCAUGAAAGAUUUGGAGGAGCAAGUGAAAUCUAUACCCGAACUGCAGCACGAGCUGACGCAAUUGCGUGACGAAAAGCAGCGACUGCAGCAAUCACUGCAGCGCAAGGAGGACGAACUGCAGCGUGCACGUGAAGCGCCGCGUCCGUCCCCCUCACCCAGCCCAGCGGCAAGUUUAAAAAAUGGCUCUCCAGUGCAGUUCACGCCGCAACGCAUCAGCCCGGUCUCGUUGGAGAGUUUAGGCUCUCGCCUGCGCGCCAAUUCGAGCAGCUCCGAGCGUCAGCUGCGCGCGUCUGCCACACUCAAGCGCGAUGUGGGCACCAUGUGCGGGCUGCAUGCGACGCGUGACAUCGCAGUCGGCAGUCCGAUACAAAUGGUGCGUAGUGUGGGCACAAGCCCCGCACAGCAGCUACGCAGCAUCACCGAAACGCUUCACUCGCAAUGGGAAAUGGAAGAACAUACACAAAUUGCCAUAAGGCGCUAUGAGGAGCUACGGGCGCUACAGCAGCUCAAGCAGACAGUGAACGUGGGCACACAAAUGCACGUGCCGCGUUGUGUGGACAGUGGAGUGCAGACCACAACGGCGCCGAAGGUGCUUAAGAAUUCGGUGAGUGUCAUGGCCAGCCCCCAAACACGGGAAGCUAUAGUCAGCUGUCGUCCGGAAGUUCGUUCUAUGGGCUGUUCGGAGGACAACAUAUUGGAUCCGCUGUGUGACAAGUGCCGCAUUGUGAAGCGCAGCAUAGGCUGCAGUACCGAAGACCCCGGCUUUAUUAAAGUCAAGUCAGUCUCACUGAAAUUACUCGACUCACCCGGAUUUCUGCGUAGCAAAACCUUUUCGUUGGGCGAGCACGAACGACUCGGUCGGAUAUCCAAAUCCACGGGCACACAGUACACACCUGUGCCAGUACAUAACACUGGCAGCCAAACCGCGACCACUUAUGUGCACGCUGUCGGCGUGCAAUGCUCACCGGACCAGCGUCAUGUCAGUGCGCAGAGCGAAGUAGAGCGGCAGACGCGACAAACGGACACGCGCGAUCUGAUACGACUCUGCGCGACACAAACCAGCACCGAGGAAUAUGUGCCGCCGCCUGUGGUCAUUGUUGAACCGCCGCCUCAGAGGGAGGAAAAGCCUGCGCCGCCGAAAGCGGUAACGCGCACAACUGCCAGCAAUACUGACGCGCCGCGUACUGUUGACUACGGUAUAAAUACCCUACCGCCUGCGCCUAUACGCCACACGGCGGCAAACACUGAAUCGGUGCGUAAACGCGACAUUGGUUGUGGUGAUGUCGUCAAGCCGCAUAUCUCCAUCGCCUGCGCGGAUAAUUACUGUGAUUCCUGCAAGGACGCAAUAAAGAAUUUGGCCAAAGAUUUCUCGAAAGUUCUGUCACCACAGUCGCCACCAUCGCCUAAGCCGCGUCCACCACCACCAGUACGCAGCGCCUCCAUGGACUCACGCAUACCGCGUCGCAAAAACAUACCACCUAGUCCCAGUCCGGUGCGGCGGCCCUUCCAGCGACAGAAUACGUACACCAUAACAACAACGCCGGAGAAACAAGCAGCGAAGACAACACAGAGUUCGCUGCAUGAGAAGCCGCCAUCCAUCGGUCACUUUUUGCCACCCGAAUCGGCUAGCGAAACACAAAGCUUCAUCACUGAGCCCACCAACGGAGCUGGCGCGGCCGGCGCUAAUUGCGCGCCCAAAGCAAUCACUUAUCCUGCCCCAUCAUCUGCCGCAAGUUCGCGCCGCGCAUCUGACGCCAGUCAACAACGCGCUGAGGCGCUAGAUACUAGCCAAGUUGAUGAGACUACGCCUCAACCAAGCCUCGAUGGACUAAUUGUGCGUGAGGAGAAGCGCGUCAGCGUCAGCUUCCGCGAUGCCUCACCAGCACCGCACAAAGAAGGCCCUUCACCGUACCGCUCGCUGGAGAGCUCUUUCAAUGAGAAGUUGAAGGAGGAGUCCACACUGGAACAACAAAAGUGUCUGGCUGAGGAAAGCGAAGAAAAGGAGGAUACUUUGGUCGAUGUGGAUGUUUCGAAGGGUGCGCGUCGCAAGACUACAACGCUGAAAUCUAGUCAAAAUUCAAGCAAGCAAGAGGAAAAAAUUGAAACCUCAACAGCGGCAAAAAAGGAGGAGGUGAAAGGGGAGCAGUUGAAUCAAGAGAAGCGCGAGGUGCAGGAGCGCCUACCAUCCAAGGCGCUGCUGCAGAAAUUGGCAAUGGUUGAGGCGGAGCCACGACAAAAAUUCGUUCCGCCUGUUGAGAUGCUAAACGCUCUGAGAACCAUCAAUAACUCACUAUUGAAGAAAGUUGACGCAAAGUCUUUAUCGGCGACCAGCUUGAAGUCAUCUAAAUUGAUCAUACAACAGGAAUGGUUCCGCGCUUCGAGCACCGAAAAGGCAAAUCCGCAUGAGGUAGAGGAUUACUUGGACUGCUUUGAGGAAAUGUCGGUGGCGCUGCUGGAGUACUGUGAAAUGGUGGAUGCUAAUGGCAAUACAGCAAUGCACUAUGCGGUCUCGCAUGGCAACUUUGACGUCGUAUCCAUUUUACUCGAUUCAAAGGUUUGCAAUGUAAAUCAAAUGAAUAACGCUGGAUACACUUGUGUGAUGCUCGUCUCAUUGGCAAAGCUGAAAAACGCUGCGCAUCGCACAGUCGUACAACGACUGUUCCAGAUGGCCGAUGUCAAUAUACGAGCCAAGAAGCACUGCCAAACCGCAUUGAUGCUGGCUGUUUCCCAUGGUAACUACGACAUGGUGGAGCUGCUGUUGGCCGCUGGCGCUGACAUUAACAUACAGGACGAGGACGGUAGCACGGCGCUGAUGUGCGCGGCGGAGCAUGGACGCACGGAUAUUGUCAAGCAUUUAUUGUCACAGCCUGAUUGUGAUUCGCUAAUAGUGGAUGUGGAUGGCGCUACGGCUUUCAAGAUAGCCUGGCAGGCUGGACAUCGCGAUCUCGGUUUGUUGUUGUAUGUGCACGAGCAGAUGCUGCGCAGCAAACAGCCCAAUCGUGGUGAUGCAACGCGUGUUUCAUUAGAGCUGCCGCGACGCACGAAGCCUGCUAAGUGAGGGAGAACGCUGGCGCAAGUGUUUAUAGAAAGUGAGCCGCAUUCGUUAAAAAGGUAAAUGGCUAGCGGAGCGCAUGAUGAUUUCAUUAACACAAAUAAAACAAAAAUCACUGAAUAACUGGAAAAUAUGUAAAACGAUGCCAGCCAAAAAAAAAAUACGAACAAAGUAGUGAGUUUUUCCUUAAAAUUAGUAGUAGCCAGUAGAAUGGCAUUAAAUAUCUUUAAAUAUAUUACUUAGUCACGCAGUUUAGCGUGCUGGUGACAACAGAAAUUAUGUAAUGUAGUAAUAUAUACUUUUUAAGGUUAGGUUCUAAUACUCGAAGAAAUUUGCGGGUACUUAGUAAAGAUUUUUUAAAAGCUUUUGAAAAGACAGCAGCCAUAUCAAUUAUUAAUGCCAAUUUCGAAAAAACACACACAAACUAACAUUCCACAUAUGUUUACAUAGAACAUUUGGAGAAAAGGGAGACAAUUUUAAAAAAUCUGAAGAAAACGAAAAUUGAAUAAACGAAUACUAAAAGUAAACAAAAAAAAUAAUAAUAUCAAAUUUUAAAGUAUGUAAUACAUAUUGCGUUCGUAGAAAACACAGGUGAACAAUCAAUUAAAAACUCAAAUAAUGCAAUAAACGAAUUCUACGACGAAAUUUGCACUUUGCUCAAAAUAUAGUUGCUAUAAAAAUUAAAUUGAAACAAAGUCCAUCCAAUUGUUAAUAAAAGGGCAAGUGAUAAUAUUGCUACUGCCUAAAAAAAUUAAUCUAAAAUUCUUGACCUUUUGCGAUCAGAUAUAAAAUUGAUAUUAAAACUUAACUUCAAAAUUUAUUGGUAUAUCAAAA